AUGUCCGGGGCUGCCACCCCAAAGCAGGUUCAGCAAGAGAUGGUGCUUCAGAGGAAUAAGGUGGAGAAUGAGAGGACACCAGGCAUCCUCCUUCGGCACCACACACGAGAAGCGAGCCGGAGACCCUCCAGGCAACCCCAGCCCAGAACCGCCUCUGGGCAGCGCCUCCAGACAGCCGGGCUCGCCGCCUGCCCUUACCUGCGUGUGGCGCGGGAUGAGGCUGCGGCGCCGCCCGGAAGGGCCAGAGCGGCCGCCCCGGAGCCGGGAGAGGGGAGCAGCGGCCACACUCCGUCCCCGCACCGUCCACCCCGCGGGCCGCAGGGAGGCAAAAGAAGGGCUCCUCGCGCCGCGGACGACCCUGUAGUCACACUUAGGGCGCCCUUCGCGCCGCGGCCGACACGGCGAACGCAACCCGGGAUGAACCGCAGCCCGAGCGGCCGCUGCAGCUGCGGCGGUGGCGGGGCAGAGGGGCGGGGCCACCGGCCGGCGACCCGCUCACCCGGAAGUAGUUGUGGCGGGCGGCGGGGUAGCGGACGCGCGCGGCUUGGAGGUUACUGGCUGGACUGCGGAGCGCCUGGCUCGCACCAGAUGAUGGAGCGGGUGACAGGAAGGGCGACACGCUGGGCACGCACCGGCUCAAGCCAGGCCUGGUCCCGAGCGCUGGUAUCCGAGCGUUUCGUAACCGUACUUAACCAGGUGGCUUCUAAACGGUCUGGUGGGAGGUUUUGGCUGGGGACCGAACCCAGGGCCUUGUGCUUGCUAGGCAAGCGCUCUACCACUGAGCUAAAUCCCUAACCCAGGAGAUGGUUUGAAAACUACAGGGUUUGCUGUGGAAUGAAGACCAGAGUUUGUACGCCCAGAAUAAAUGUCAGGCAAGUGUGGAGUUCAUUUGUAAUCCUAGCAUUAGAAAGCAGAGCCAGGGUCUCCAGAGCAAGCUGGCCAACCAGACCAGUCAUGUCCAUGAGCUUCAGGGUCCAUUGAGAAAUGCUGCCUCAGUGACAGUGGUGAGCACCCACACAGACUACAAAUACCAAUAAACAUUGCUCACACACACAGGAAAGGCAUAGGCUGCCACUCUGUAUGUCUAAUGUUCCUCUUGUUUUGUUUUGUUUUGUUUUUUGGGUGGAGGGAUGAGUAACUUACCCAAAUGAACCUCACUGAUAUCAUCUUACCUACCCACAAUGCAUCUUUAAAUCUAGGAUUUAUUUUAUUUUAUUUAGCUUUUGUUUCUUAUCAGCCACUUACCACUCUGCAGUAAUUAAUUUCCGUCAUAUUCGAUCUGGCUCUCUUCCUUUCUUAAAUAAGCAGAGAUCAAUGAGAAAUUUGCCAGGGUUCUAAUCCCAGCAUUUACUUCUCCAGAGUCCUGCCAGCCCCGGGUGUGGUUGCAUUAGUUACCCAUCUAUAACUGUGACAGACACCACGACAAGGCUACGUAGGAAAGCUUUGUCUGGGCUGGUGGCUCCAGAGCCACAAGAUCCCAUCACAUCCCAGGGAAGUGCCAGGCACGGCAGCCGGAGCAGCAGGCUCACAGCCUGACCCACAGGCAUGAAGCAGAGAGAACAACCUACAAAUGGCUUAGUCUUAUACUCUGAAAGCCCAGCCCAGUGACGCUCUUCCUCUAGCACACCUUCUCAACACGCCCAAACAUCACCACCAAACGGUGACCAAAUAUUCAAAUCCGUGAGCCUAUGAAGGAGCAUUCGCCUUCAGAACACCACACGUCACUCCCGCAAGCCAGCACUGGAAGAGCUGAGACAAGAUGGCUGAAAGUUAGGCCGGCCUGGAUUAAAAGAGUGAGAUGCAUGUAAAUAAAUUAAUUUUGCCAGACAA